GCGCGCCUGGCUUGCGGGGGGCCGGGCCUGCGGGCGGCCGCUGCGCCGCGCACCCAUGGACGGCCCGGCUAUCAUCACCCAGGUGACCAACCCCAAGGAGGACGAGGGCCGGGCGCCUGGCGCGGGCGAAAAAGCUUCCCAGUGCAAUGUCAGCUUAAAGAAGCAGAGAAGCCGCAGCAUCCUUAGUUCCUUCUUCUGCUGCUUCCGGGAUUAUAAUGUGGAGGGUCCUCCAUCCAGCAGCCCCAGUGUGCUUCCGCCACUGGUGGAGGAAAAUGGUGGGCUUCAGAAGGGUGACCAGAGGCAGGUUAUUCCCAUACCAAGUCCACCAGCUAAAUACCUCCUUCCAGAGGUGACGGUGCUUGACUAUGGAAAGAAAUGUGUGGUCAUUGAUUUAGAUGAAACACUGGUGCACAGUUCAUUUAAGCCUAUUAGUAAUGCUGAUUUUAUUGUUCCGGUUGAAAUCGAUGGGACUAUACAUCAGGUGUAUGUGCUGAAGCGGCCACAUGUGGAUGAAUUCCUCCAGAGAAUGGGACAACUCUUUGAGUGUGUGCUCUUUACUGCCAGCUUGGCUAAGUAUGCAGACCCUGUGGCUGACCUCCUUGACCGCUGGGGUGUUUUCCGGGCUCGACUCUUCAGAGAAUCCUGUGUCUUUCAUCGUGGGAACUAUGUCAAGGACCUGAGUCGCUUGGGACGGGAGCUGAGCAAAGUGAUUAUUGUUGACAAUUCUCCUGCCUCGUACAUCUUUCAUCCUGAGAAUGCAGUGCCUGUGCAGUCCUGGUUUGAUGACAUGACGGACACAGAGCUGCUGGACCUCAUCCCCUUCUUCGAGGGGCUGAGUCGUGAGGACGACGUGUACAGCAUGCUGCACAGACUCUGCACUAGGUAGCCCUGGCCUGGGCCGCCUCUGCCUGUGCACUCUGGAACUCUGGCCUCAGGGGAUGUACCUGACGUCAGCUCCCUCAAGCUGAUAGUGAGGAGACUCUGUGCUCCAGGCCACAGAGAGAAUGUGGCCAUGCCUACCUGAUUUGUUUUUAAGAACAGAAACAACUAUUUUAAAAAUGAACUCUUUUAACAAAUUUCAUAAAGGGACAUGCAUUUUACUGGAUUUGCUUUUCUUAAAACAUACCAAAAACAAAAAAAAGGGGGGGAGGGGGGGGAAAGCUUGAUAUCUUAUCAGACUUCUUUGAACUGUCCUCCCUUCUAAGCAGACAACCUGUUCCCUUCUGUCCCAGCUCGGAGCAGCUGACCCAACUCAGAAUCUUUCCUACAGGAUGAAGUGCCUUUCUGAAUGUUAUUUUAAGCUGAGAGUUAAUUUUUCUACACAAUGUAUUUCUGACAUCUUUUAGUCUUUUAUUGUCUUAGAUACUCUAAGAAGAUGAACACGACAAUUUUCUAGGGCCUGUUAAUGUGUGUGUGGAGGGGUGGGAGUUAGCAAGGGCAGGGAGUGAGUUGUAGGAGCCUAUCUCCCAGCAGGUGCAACUUUGCUCUAACCACCUGUGGCAUGUUCCAGGAUCAGGCUCCCAUAGAUAUGCGGGGUUUUUUGUGACUGUCCUUGUCCCGCUCAUUUACAACCCAUGUUGGAAUGUAUCUGCAGUUGUGUGGCUCAACACUUUAGGAAAAAGGUUAUUUUAUAUUAUGAUUUAUGAUGGUGACAAAUUUGUCUUGAGGUCAUAUUUUCCUCUUGAAAAAUGACAUCGUGUCACUUCUGCUUUCACACUGCUGCCAUACUUCUGUGUGUUUUUUGUUUGGUUGUUACUGGUUUUGGUAGAACAGUUACAAGAAACCCUAAAACCCUUGAAUAUAUAUUUUUUAAAAAGCCUGUUUAUUGAUUUUUUAAAUCUUUCCUUUCCAAAAGCUGGAUACACAUGGAGCUGUUUGGGAAUUUUCUUUGCUGCUACCACGCUGCCACCAAAUGGAAUUGACCAGCGGCUGUUAACACUGUUCUUUGCCACUGUGCCUAUGCUCAGAAUAUGCUCACUGCUAAACUACAAACUUGGACAGGGUCAGAAACAGGUGUCCCACCCCCUUGCAGAGUGUACUGCCUGUCUACCUUCCCUGGUACUGCUGCCAGAAAUGCAGAAGGGUACAAAGGCAAAGGGCCAGAGCACCACACAGGUGUGGUGUAUUGGAACCUGCAUUUGGCUUCGGAUCCUGUUAGAAGCUGGCUGUUCUCUCUGGAGAACCUGUAACCUCAACCAGGCACUAGGCCAACAUGGCCCAUGUUCAUCCCCUGGUCUUCUUCUUAGAAGCACAGCCUGUUUUGAGCCCAAGGCUGGGUAAACCUGUCGAGAUCAGAGACUCCAGACUAGGAAGAAGGGCUCCUCCUCUGAACCUGGGCUCUCCUUGCAGCCUUUCCCAGUUUGAUGUUUAAGCAGUGCCAUGUUCCUUGUUUGACAACAACACAGUUCAUAAAGUAUUGCUCUUCAAAAUAAUUAAAAAGAACCCUUUUAUGUUGGCACCAUUGCCUUAGUCUUCUGUGGGUUGGGUUUCAGCCAGAGUUCUGGUGGGAGCACUACCAAGACUCAGAUCUGGAGGUCAGAGUAAAAUUUCUUUUCCCUUUUUUUAAUUACUUUCAUUCACAAAAUACUGAAGCCAGCUGCCAAUCCCAUCCUCCCAACAGCACUUUGGUCUGUGGACUCCUGCGCAUUCAGAAGAAAAAUAUUUAGGGGGUUAACAAGGUCUCCCAACAUUUUGAGUAUUCCAAACCCAGAAAUCCACAUGCUGAUUAAUACAGAAAUUUCCCCUGGCCAGGCAUUACCACAGAUGACAAUUACAUGGCAAAUUGCACAUGCCACAAACCUUGAUUUGGGAAACCAGUCAUUAAAUGACCCCGCUGCCUUAAAUGUCUUGAAUGUUGCAGUCAAGUGUCUGUUAUGUGUUGAUGUCUACACAGAACUAGGCCCUGAUGAGAGCCUUAGACCUUCAUCUGUUCCUCCUGUGUUGGCACAUCACAGAAGGCCAACACAGAAGAGGGGCAGAGAGGAUGAAAUUCUAGAAUGUUUCAGGGGAAGCUAGCCCAGGAACAGUGUUCCACUUGUGUCAGGUGGAAUGAAAACAUGGGGCAGACUUGAGCCAGACUCUUCACCUACUAGUCCCCACCUUUGUGAGUGCCCUUGUGCUGCUGUUGCACUAAUCUGUUGUGGAGCUGAUGGGGAGGGAACCCAGUCCUUGCCACCACAGACACAGAAUGUCUUGGGGGACCACCAGAGCCUCUGAGGGUUCUGCAAUCUGUGCACCUUAUUUGACCACACUCCAAAAUUCCAUUUUUAUUUUAACCCUUGAUUCUGCUUUGUGUACAUAAUCAAAAUAUCUAUAUCUAUAUAUUUUUAAUCAUCUACAUGUAAAUGAAGCAAUAGAAUUCUAACAUUAAGGCCAAGAAAUGAGGUAUAUGUUUAGGGUUUGUGUUUCUUAAAGGUAAAUACGGGUAUUGUUCUUGAUUCUUAACUUUUAUUAAAUUGUGGGCUUUAAAACCUAAUGAAACCUAUUAGCUACUCUCUGUGCCAUAUAUUUGCCAGAUUACCAAAAUACUCCAACUCUUUAGCCAAAAGAAAAGUCUGACCGCCUAAGUUUUCAUGGUCCUCUCUGUACGAGGUUAAAAUGUAAUCUUCUGGACAAGUGUGCUUUACAUUAAGACAUGGGACAGGAUUCCUUAGUUAGGCUCAUGGGCUCCAAUCUGACAUGAUGUUAUCACAUCUCUAGCCAGGCUUUGAGUUGGAGGUAACUGAGAAUUCCUAAUGAUGGUAAUGCUCCGUCUUCCAUUUGCUGUGGAAUCCUAUGUGUUGGUCUAUGGUUUCACACACUAGUUUUUCAUAAACAGUUAUUUGUAUACUAAUAAGAAACACCACCUGUCAUGGUUGAUGGUUAGUGGGGAAGCUCCUUUGACAUGGUACAGUUUUGAUGUCUUUGAGGACAUGAGGAUGCCCCGGUGACACUGACUUGUCAUGGUGACAGCAUUUGAAUGUUGGGUGUAAAAAAGAAAUCUGUAAGUCUAUAACUUGAAAGUGUUUUACAACCUUGUAUUCUAAAGAUGGCUUUCUAAUAAAAUCCAGAAACAUGCAGCCCUAUGGUCAAACACUC